AUGUCCGCACAGCAGCCCGGCAGCAGCUCGGCCGCGGCGGCGGCGGCGGCGGCGGCAGACCGCGUGUGGCGCCAGACGCUGCGCGAGGAGCAGGUCAUCCACGCCGCCGCCAUCCCGCCGGCCGAGAUGAAGAACUGCUACGAGCACUUCGACACGUGGGCCGCGUGCUUCGCACUCGCACCGCAGCUGCGCGCCGUCUACCGCUACGGCACGGCACAGGACUGCAAGGCCAAGCUCGACGACUUCAAGCACUGCCUCUCGCUCAAGAAGCUCGACGAGGAGGCGCGCCGCGCCGCCUGGAUCCGCCACCGCGCCCAGCGCACGGCCGCCAUGCGCCUCGAGGGCAGCAGCGAGGAUGUGUGGGAGCUGCGCCGCGACCCGCUCGUCGCGCCCGCGCUGGCCGACCCCACCAUCCCCGGCCCGGCCGACGACGCCGCCUAG